ACCAUUAGCCAUUAGAUUGGAGCCUAUUUUCUAACAACAUGGUCGCGAUAUGCUGCCACUUAUGUCCAAGUUAAGAAUUUUGUGAAUAUUGUGACAAUAUGUUUCCUAUAUCAAAUAGUAAUAACCUUCGAAAUACAAGAGACACCGAGGUUAUUCAUUUGAGACAAUGCAAAGAACAAGGUGGUGUCAAUGCAAGAAACCUCUCACCACCUUUCUCCUUCUUCCCCACAAACCCAAAUCUUCCAUUCUUCUCACUCUUCCAUUCUCAACUACUCAUUCAUCUCUCUCACAACACACCAUUUCCACCAUCCUUCAUUCUCUCUGCGACUCCAACCGUUUUUCCGAAGCCCACCAGCGUUUCUCCCUCUUCCUCUCCUCCGGUUCUAUUCCCGAUCACCGAACAUGUAAUCUCCUCCUUGCUCGAUUACUCCGUUCCAAAACCCCAUUCCAAACAUGGACUCUUGUUAAAUCCAUGAUCCAUACCAAACCUGGUUUUGUUCCCUCUUUGGUUAACUACAACCGUUUGAUGGACCAGUUUUGUUUCAUUCAUCGACCUUUUGAUGCUCACAGAUUGUUUUUCGACAUGAAGAAUCGCGGGCAUUGUCCGAAUGUUGUUUCUUACACCACUUUGAUUAACGGGUAUUGUUCGGUUGGUGGAAUAAGGGAUGCGUUGAAGGUGUUUGAUGAAAUGCUUGACAGUGGUUUAGAGCCUAACUCGAUGACUUACAGUACUUUGAUUCGUGGGUUUCUUCGUGAAAGGGAUUUGGAGGGUGGGAGAGAAUUGAUGUGCAAGCUGUGGGAGAGGAUGAAUUUGGAAGUUGAGUUGGUCGUGAAGGUUGCUGCUUUUGCAAAUUUAAUUGAUUCUUUAUGUAAAGAAGGGUUUUUCAAUGAAGUAUUUGAGAUUGCAGAAGAGAUGCCAUGUCGUAGUUGUUUGUCUGAGGAGGUUGUUUAUGGCCAGAUGAUUGAUUCAUUCUGCAAAGUUGGAAGGUAUCAUGGAGCAUCUAGGAUUGUUUAUUUGAUGAGGAAGAGAGGGUUUGUUCCCAGUGAUGUGUCCUAUAAUUAUAUCAUACACGGUCUUAGCAAGGAUGGUGACUGUAUGAGGGGUUAUCAGUUAUUAGACGAAGGAGCUGAAUUUGGAUUCUCGCUGUGUGAGCAUACUUAUAAGGUAUUGGUGGAAGCUCUUUGUCAUGCAUUGGAUGUGGAUAAAGCAAGGGAAGUUCUUAAACUCAUGUUGUGUAAGGAAGGUGUUGACAAAACUAGGAUUUUCAACAUUUACUUGAGAGCUCUUUGUCUUGUAAACAAUCCAACAGAGCUUUUAAAUGUGCUUGUAUUUAUGCUUGAGAGCCAGUGUCAGACUGAUGUGAUUACCCUCAACACAGUUAUCAAUGGGUUUUGCAAGACGGGGAGGGUCGGUGAAGCUUUAAAAGUACUGGAUGACAUGUUGAUGGGUAAAUUUUGUGCACCUGAUGUUGUGACCUUCACUACAUUGAUUUCUGGUUUGCUGGAUGCUGAAAAAGUCGACGAGGCUCUUGAUCUGUUCAAAAGAGGGAUGCCUGGAAAUGGUUUGAAGCCUGGUGUUGUAACAUAUAAUGUUCUUAUCAGAGGGCUAUACAAACUCCAAAGACCGAGUGAUGCGUUCGGUGUUUUUAAUAACAUGGUGAGUGAUGGUAUUAGUCCCGAUAGUACUACUUAUACAGUUAUAGUAGAAGGUCUGUGUCAAUGUGAUCAAAUAGAAGAGGCAAAGAGUUUUUGGCAGAGUGUUAUAUGGCCUUCAGGGAUCCAUGAUAAUUUUGUUUAUACAGCCAUUCUGAAAGGGCUUUGUGGUUCUGGCAUGUUUGUUGAGGCUUGCCAUUUCUUGUAUGAAUUGGUAGAUUCUGGGGUGUCUCCAAAUAUAUAUAGCUACAAUAUUCUGAUAAACCGUGCUUGCAAUCUAGGUUUCAGAAGAGAAGCUUAUCAAAUUGUAAGAGAGAUGAAUAAGAAUGGAGUGACCCCUGAUUGUGUGACAUGGAGGAUUCUUCACAAGCUACAAAGCAAAGCGAGGAAGCCCACUUCAAAUGGUGAGCCCAUGGCUUAUAAUGCAUGUUAUGAUAAAAUGUGACAUUUGGAACAGAGUUGAAAGAGAGUAAUUUAAGAUGAAUUUUGUUAAAAAUCAUGAAGCUACUGGGAGGGCUGUGACAGUGCUUGAAGGAAAACAUGCAUGAUUUUUCGUACAGAAUGAGCAGUUCAUGUAUAAACAACUAGUUUACUGAUAAAAGACUCUCCAACUGUCAAGCCAUGAAAUGGAAACUUCUACGCCAAGUUCGAUCCAUCAAUCACUUUGUGAUGACUAGUCUCAAUUGUCAAUUCUGUUUGGAACUCCGGUGAAGAGGCAAUCUUUUUGCGCCGCAAUACAUUACCACCACAGAAGCUAUGUCUUGUUGCUUCAUAUUUGUGUCAAGGUGACGGGAAAAUAUUACAUUCAUUCAACCAUCAGGAUGGUAUUUUGGAAAGAAAGCGAAAGAUAAAAGGAAAAGGAAACUAGAACAUUCUAGACAUGAAAUGCAUCCCCUAGCAUCUCAAUGCAUAGUCUGAUUAAAAGACUUGAAAGAAUAAAAAGUACAUUUUGUUGUCCUAGAGGUUGGAGGUAAGAGUUAGUCAAAUUUUCAUGAAAACCAGUUGUUUGAAAAGUUUUUUAGAUUGUGAAUGGCACUUAGCUUCAUAACCAAAGUUUUUUAGAUUGUCAGAACAACACCUUCAAAUUUGUUUGCUUAUGUAACUCUUAUUUUACUUAUUUUAUCAAGCAUACUAUCCUUAUGAAAUAAUUUGGUAUCUAAUAUAAUAAAUGUAUUAUGCCAAAGAAAUA